ACAUGGAAAGGACAGACCGUUUCGAACGCAUGUUACGAGUUUUUUCAUGAAAGCGAAAUAUUAGAAACACAUUUACGAAGGAAACGCAAGCAUAAUGAACUCGCUGAGGGAUACAUUUUCGAAAAUGCAUUAAACAAUACAAUUAGUCAAAAACCUCAGAGAGAAACACAACCACCUCCACCCCGAUCUCCGAACAAUGGUGCUCUCCUUGAUAUUCCGAAUAAGCGUCAGAUGUCUGACGAGAAAGUUAUUCAAUAUCUCAACGCUAUGGAGCAGUCAUUGGAGUAUAAUCAGGUUACUAUGCAGAGGCCUUCUUUGUGGACGGAAUCUCUAAAUUCUUAUGUCAACAAUGUUUUGAAAGUGUUUUCCACAGAUAUCAGCGUUCGGGUCUUUGAUGAUAAAGUGAUUUUCCACGCAGAAGUGUCGAGUUCGCCGUCAUCAUCUUCAUCACAACAUGUACAUGCUGUCAACGAUACAACAAAAUCUAUACAUAUCGACAUCAUGAACCUGAUUGCUAUCCUACUUGACCACCUUCGAGCUCCGGUAGAAAACGCAACUAAGAUUAAAGUUUUUAGUUUGCAAGCAAUUG